AUGGCGAAGAUAGAAACAUCAGAGCAAAAGCAACGAAAUUCGGAAAUCCAACUCGACGAUAUUGUGGAAUUCCAGCCCACACCACAGGAAAAUCCGGAACUCCUGCGAAAAAUGGAUCUUACCCUCAUGCCAGUCAUGUGUACCUGCUAUAUGCUGCAACUUCUUGACAAGUUAACGCUUAAUUUCUCCUCGCAACUGGGUUUGACGCGAGACCUGAAUCUCCACGGAUCGCAGUACAGCUGGACCUCCUCCAUCUUCUACUUUGGAUACCUUGCCUGGACAUGA